AUGCAUAUCAAUGACUUUGUGUUUAAUAUCUUUUUUCUAAACUUAGUUCAAUAUGUUGCCGAAGCUGCAGAUGGUAAGUUAAGCGAUUCCUGUUUAAAUCGAGUGGCAUCAUGCGAAACCAACAGUGGUACCAAUCGGGUCCUUUGCGGCACAGACGGACGUACUUACACUUCAAAAUGUCAUGUUUUGAAGGCCCAAUGUAACGGGGACCCGGUCGCUGUAGCGCAUCGAGGACCAUGCACUGAUGGCCAGUCGUCUUGCCUCACCGUAUUGCGUUACGCGUUGAACGCGCAAAGUGGACGCAGAGCGGCCUUCGUCCCCAAGUGCCGAGCUGAUGGAACAUAUGCGGCAGUGCAGUGUGCUGCUGCUGGUGCUGCAGCUGGCUGCUGGUGUGUAACGCCAGAGGGAAAACCACUCCCCGAUACCGCUGUUAGGAAUGGCAGGCCCGAUUGUACUAGACCCGGUAAAUCACAAACGCGACGCCGCGCCUCCGUUCGAGGUCAACGGAAUAAGAGAAGCUGCACGCGAGCUGAUCGGUCUCAAUUCAACGGGAACCUUAUAAAGAUAUUCAGUGGAGAAUUCGAGAGGGCACGAUCCGAUCGUGUUGGGGACGCUUCCGACCCACGAGCCGUCGCUGAUUGGAAAUUUAAGGAACUGGAUAGAGAUAGAAGCGGCACCUUGCAGAAGUCAGAAUAUCGGGGACUGAGAAGGCUCAUCAAGAAGGUGGUGAAACCGAAGAGAUGCGCACGCGCUUGGGCCCGUGGUUGCGAUGGUGAUGGGGAUGGGGAAAUUGCUCGUGCUGAAUGGGCCGGUUGUCUCCUAACAAUGCCGGAACCACCAGCUCCGGACUACGACGACAGCGGCCCAGAGACUGAGCCAGAUUAUGAAGAGGAACCGCCUCCGGAUCCAAGUGCAGUGUUACCAGGAAUAAUGCGAAACUCCUUCGCGCCAGAAGGCUCUGUCACACGAGAAGACGAAGCGAACGACUGUUUAACUGACCGACAGGCUGUGUUAGAUGAACAGAAAGCGGGUAGUGCUGUAUUAUACGUGCCGGAAUGUAUGGGCGACGGUAGAUACGCGAGGGCGCAGUGCUAUAGAUCUACCGGGUACUGUUGGUGCGUGCACCAGGACACUGGAAAGCCGAUACCCGGCUCCUCGGUGAAGGACCGGAAGCCGGAUUGCGAUUCCGCGCCUCAACACGCCAGCCCUAUGCGAGGUUGUCCCGAGCCAAUGAAAUCGACCUUUCUGCGAGAUUUGAUGAGCUUCUUCAUAUCGAAAAUGACGACUUCGAUUAAUGGAACUGGUCCUGGGGAGAUGGUAAAAUGGGGUGCUUCCAAGGAAGAACAGGCAGCUACGUGGACCUAUGUAAUGUUAGACAAGGACAAGAACAAAGCUCUGGAGAGGCGUGAAUGGAAAUCGUUCCAUCAGUUGAUAUCAUCUGUGGACCAGCUGAGGAGGUGUGGCCGCAAACUGCCGCGAUACUGUGACGUUAAUCAUGACGCAAAAAUCAGUAUUACCGAAUGGAUGGCCUGUCUUGAGGUGUUGCAGGCUUCACGUGGAUCGACUACUGAAGCUCCAAAAGUACCAUCGAAUCCGAGGAGAAAAGGACCAAAUCCACUAGAGUCGAUCCUCAAAGCAGAUGACUGA